UAGGAUGGCCAACGUGGAGUUUUAGUCCACGUAGUCGGUAGAGGAGUCCGCGACACUACUCCGCUGCUACCUACCGUUAUUUAGCGGCAGCGGAGUGUCCAUGAGGAUUUCUCCACGUACGAAAAAAAGAAAGUCGAGGAGAACAACUAUGAAUCGAACGAGUUCUCACGGUUCCAACUCAUCCGCGGUGGACAAACAAUUAGAAAAAUUACCACCUUUUAAAUUAUGUUUUUCCAAAGAUAGAUUAAUUGGCAAAUCGAACAUACGUGUGUCGAAAAUCAACGAAGAAUCGAUCACACCAAAAUUUUACUCGAAGGAAUACGAAACUAGAGCGAACAAUUUCAACACGAUUCGUACAUUCGAGGAAACUACGGAAGAGCAGGAAAACGGUGGCAAUUGUAGUAGACGCCCGCCAGUUUUGCUUAGCAGCAAUGCAUACGGCUGGUGGCACGAACAAGGAUUACAGCCGCUUCAAUCUCGAUUCGACUUCCAUAGAAAAACGUCCGAUUUAGUCAAUUUCGGGACAAACGUCCGAAAUGAGAAACGGAAGAUCGAAAAUUAAUAGAGUCGAAGCAGUGACGUAUGCAUAUAAAUAUUGCCAGAGACAAAUUCCUUUGUUUAUCUAUUAGAUUUUUUAGUUAAAGGCUAUAUACGCACGUACAUUCAUUAAAACGUAAACGAAACAAGUUGUAAUAAAUGGAAACAGGGUGAGUAGAAAUGAAAAUAAAUUUUCUGGCCGGAU